AUGUUACUCUUGUUGGCUCUGUUUUGUUUUACAAUGGAUGCAUGGCGUUGGCCAUGGUCCUCUAAAGCCUCACCUACCUUGGUCUACGUGGGUACGUACACGGGAGAAGGGGCAACGGACAGCAAGGGUAUUUACGCGUUUUCGUUCGACGAUGCCAAAUCAGUAAUUACACCGUUAGGAUUGGCCGUAGCCACAACCAAUGCAUCGUAUGUUCUUAUUCAUCCAUCACAAAAGUAUGUUUUUGCUGUUAAUGAGCAAGACGAUGGUAAGGUAGUCGCAUUCAAGGUCGCUUCCACACAGACAGGACAAUUGACACUAAUCAACGAUCAAUCUUCUCGUGGCAGUGGUCCAUGCUAUCUCUCUACAAAUAAAGCAGGUAAUUACAUAUUUGUUGCCAAUUAUAAUAGUGGCACUGUCGCUGCUUUACCCGUUGAUACUACUGAUGGUAGCGUUAAAGAAUCGACAGGAUUCGAUCAGCAAACUGGAUCUUCCGUUAAUCCUGAUCGCCAAACGUCUCCCCAUGCUCAUUGUAUUUUGCUUGACAAGCGAGAAGAGUAUGCUGUAAGCGCAGAUUUGGGUUCAGAUCAAAUAUAUUCAUAUCGAUUUACGCCUGCUGAUGGCACAUUAGAACGAGCGGGAAUAACGAAGGUUCCAGAACCUGGCAAUGGUCCAAGACAUUUAGUGUUUAGUGACGAUCAAGAAUUUGUGUACGUAAUGAACGAACUAAUGUCGUCGAUCACAGUUUUUAAAUACUCUCCUAUCAUGCAGCCUGUUCAAACCAUUUCCACCCUACCUUCUAAUUUCACAGCGUUUAAUACUGGUGCGGAAGUUCUAGUUCAUCCGACUUCCGGCAAAUUCCUGUAUGCUACAAAUCGUGGCCACGAUUCGAUAGCUGUUUUUUCAGUAGAUCGUGGAACUGGGCUUUUAUCUCUUAUUCAACACAUGAGUGUUCAAGGGCGAACACCUAGAAAUUUUAACAUUCUCCCGGAUGGAAAUCAUCUGAUUGUUGCCAAUCAAGAUUCGAACAAUUUGGUCGUCUUUUCAAUCGAUACAACUACCGGCAGAUUAACGGCCACUGGUGCGACUGCUGAAGUGAAAACACCGACAUGUAUUAAGUUUCUGAACACAUGA